ACAUUUCCAGAAUUCAAACCAAAGCUGAAAGCACUUUGAAAAUGGCGCCACAAAUCCCUAAUUAUAUUUAAUCCAACCUUCACUCCCUCUCUUUCUUCAUUUCCCUCCUUCAUUUCUCACCCCUCCCUUUCUCUCUCCUGUAAUCAACCCUAAUUUCUCUUUCGAUUUCCCCCCUUUCCGGUAAAAUGGAGGUGAAGACAGUGACCCCAGAUGCGAUUUCGAAGAUUAUUGCUAACCCGUCUCCUGAUUCUUCCGAUGAUGUUCCAGAUCUUGUUGUUCAAGUCCUUGAUUUGAAAUCCGUCGGCAAUCGUUUCAUGUUUACCGCUAGUGAUGGAAAACAAAAGCUCAAGGGAAUACUGCAGUCAAGUUUUUCAGAUAUGGUCUCCUCUGGAGCUAUUCAGAACCUGGGACUUAUUCGAGUUCUCGAUUACACCCUCAACGACAUCCCAAACAAACCUGAAAAGUAUUUGCUUGUAACAAAGUGUGAGUCUGUGUCUCCUGCCCUGGAGGCGGAGUUUAAGGCUGAGGAGAAAACUGAGGAUGGCAGCGCUGCCAAAAGGCAAAAACUAGAGGUUGAUGGGAAAGCUGAGGAUAACAAGGAAGGUUCUGGUAUAAUGUUGAGGCCUAAGAUGGACGUUGUUGCCAAAUCAGCUGCUCAGAUCAUGAAUGAGCAAAGAGGAAAUGCCGCACCUGCUGCAAGAAUGGGUAUGACUAGAAGAGUGUACCCUCUUGCUUCUUUGAACCCUUACCAAGGGAACUGGACCAUCAAGGUCCGAGUUACCAGUAAGGGGACACUACGAACCUUCAAUAAUGCGAGAGGAGAAGGGAAUGUCUUCAAUGUUGAGCUAACUGAUGAAGAUGGUACUCAAAUACAAGCAACUAUGUUCAAUGCAAUAGCAAAGAAGUUCUAUGACACCUUUGAAGUAGGGAAGGUUUACUAUAUCUCGAAGGGAUCUCUUAAAGUUGCUAAUAAGAGGUUCAACACAACGAAAAAUGACUAUGAGAUGACCAUCAAUGAGAACUCAGUUGUUGAGGUAGCCAUUGAUGAAAGGGUAUAUAUCCCUGAACCAAAGUUCAACUUUGUUCCUAUUGAUCAGUUGGGCAUAUAUGUUGAUGGAAAGGAUCUUGUAGAUGUUAUUGGAGUUGUUCAGAAUGUUUCCCCGACUAUGAGUAUUAGGCGAAAAGCCAACAAUGAGGUGAUUCCAAAGCGUGACAUAACUAUUGCUGAUGAAUCGAACAAAACUGUUGUAGUUUCGUUGUGGAAUGAUCAUGCAACUACCAUUGGGCAAGAACUGAUGGAUAUGGCUGAUAAGUCUCCCGUAGUUGCCAUUAAAUCUGUUAAAGUUGGAGACUUCCAGGGUGUAUCAUUGUCAGCAAUAAGCAAAAGCAUAGUAAAAAUCAAUCCUGAUUUACCCGAGUCGGAAAAGCUGAGAACUUGGUACGAUUCUGAAGGUAAAGAGGCCUCAUUGGCAUCUGUUGGUGCAGGAAUGACCCCUUCUCCUAAUGCUGGAGGGAGGUCAAUGUACACUGAUAGAGUCUCCAUUUCACAUAUCACAAGCAACCAAUCUUUGGGUGAAGACAAGCCUGUGUUCUUUAGCUUGAAAGCGUGCAUUAGUUUGAUUAAGCCUGAUCAGGCAAUGUGGUAUCGGGCUUGCAAGACCUGCAACAAGAAGGUUACAGAAGCUUUUGGUUCUGGAUACUGGUGUGAAGGUUGCCAAAAGAAUGAAGAAGAAUGCAACUUAAGAUACAUUAUGGUAGCAAAGAUUUCAGAUGCAAGUGGUGAAACAUGGGUUUCAACUUUCAAUGAUCAAGCUGAGAAAAUCAUCGGGUGCCCUGCUGAUGAACUUGACAAAUUGAAAUCACAGGGAGGAGAAGAUAACACCUUCCAAACAAUACUAAAAGAAGCAAGCUGGGAACCUCAAACCUUCCGUGUAAGCGUGGCUCAAACUGAGUACAAUAACGAGAAGAGACAGAGGGUAACUGUAAGAGCUAUUGCCCCAGUUGAUUUUGCAGCUGAGACAAGCUUCCUGCUUGGCGAAAUAUCUAAAAUGAAAGUUUCUCAGUAAUAAAAUCCUUGUUAGAAAUUUAGCAGUAGGUUAUGCUAUUUAUUUUCUGGGGGUGGGGUUGGAUCUUUUUGUGAAUCUGAAGCAAUCAAACAGAAGUAUUGUGUUCAUUGUAAUAUAUGCAAUUACGAAAUUAGCCUAACUUAUUCAGUUA